UUAAGUCUGACUUUCAGUGCUGAAGAACCUAAACUAUUUGAAAGCAAGGAGAUCAUUUAAGUCAUGUCAGCACCAUUAUGCUUUUUGUCAAAAAAUGACAACCUCUCUGUGUCUUUUUGUGGAUCUGGUUUUCUAGCAACAUACCAGCUCGGUGCUGCGCAGAGUCUUUUGGAUAAUGCAGCUUGGAUCCUGCAUGGAGCUCCACGAGUCUAUGGUGCAUCUGCUGGAUCCCUCGUCGCUGCAGCUGUGGUCUGUGGGUCAGAUCUAGGACGUGUGCGAGACCUGCUUUUGGAGUUUGCUAGGUUUGUCAAGCAGCAUCCCCUGGGUCCUCUGAGCCCCACGGUGAAUAUUUUUGGCUGGCUGGAGAUGACACUGCAGCGCUGUCUGCCGGAUAAUGCCCACACUCUGGCCACUGGCCGCCUGCACAUCUCCAUGACUCGCAUGGCCGAUGGAACAAAUGUUAUGACAUCACAAUUCCAUUCCAAAGAUGACCUCGUAAAAGCACUUCUGUGCAGCUGUUUUAUUCCUGUUCUCUCUGGUGUAAUUCCACCCCAAUAUAAAGGCGAGCACUUUAUGGAUGGAGGCUUCACCAACAUCCAGCCCUUGGAGGAUUCCUUUCCCGCCCUCACCAUCUCCCCAUUUGCUGGAAACAUGGACAUCUGUCCGUCUGACACCUCCACCAACCUCUGUGAUGCCAUCAUCCAGCAGCUGGCCUUCCAGUGCUCACUGACCAACUUCAUCAGACUGUUGGAUGCCAUGUUUGCUCGAGACUGGAGAGUUUUGAAGAAGGCUUUCUACAGUGGAUACCAAGAUACUGUAUUCUUUCUACAGCAGAACAAUGCUUUGCCAUUGUACCCUCAGAGGAGAAAGGAGUCGGAUGUGUCUGAUGAUUCACUGAGCUCAGAUCACUGGAUGUUAACUCAGACUGAUGUGGCUGAAAAAGAGGAAUCCCAACAAGACUCGCCAGAGCAGCCCGAAGACAAGAGCAUCAAUGGAGAUUGUUCAUCUGUGAGUCCAAAACCAGUAAAAGUCCAGGAAGUGCUGCUGUGUAAUAUCAUGAGUCAGCUGGAGAUCAUCGGUAAUUCUAAUAUCUCACUGCUUCAGCGGGUGCUCUCCUAUGUGCUCUUACUGUUCACAUUGCCAAUCUGGAGUAUCACCAACUUAUGGGACAGGUAUCAGAAUUGGCUCUCUAAUGCUGCAGUUGUGGCAUACUGGCUCUGGCAUGGCUUGAAAGUAUUUAUGAUGUUUAUACUAAACAUCUAUUUUUCCACUUUGAGGAAAGGCCUUGGAGACAUUCUGAUCAAAUUUUUACCGGAGCAAGUUCACGAUGAGCACCAAAGGUCCAGAGAGAUGGCUAGGAGACAUGAGGUCUCCUCUAAUAUGAAUGGACAGGUCUCUUCUAUUGUCCUGGGGAGUGUCUCUAUGGCUCAGACCCUGCCGAAACUCUACGCAGUCCUGUUUUCGUUGGAAACAGAGAGCAAAUGGAGAAAACGCAAGAUAGAGGUGCAACACACACUACAGCAACAUGUGGCUGCAAAAAAACUAGUUAAAAAUGUGCAAGAAAUGUGAAAGCAUUGAUAUAUUCUUCUAUGUUGCUUCAGCUGGGAAUAUUAAAAGCUAAAUACUGAAUUCA